AUGGCGAAGCGCUCGUCUGCGCCGACCGAUGCGGUCGCUCCGUCCCUAGACGACGCAUCCUACCGCCAGUUGUUCAUGGAAGCACGCACAGAAACUCUGCGUAUGGCAGAUAUCAACCCCUUUUUCAUCUGCAAAUUAUGCCACGGCUACUUUCGAGAUCCGUAUACUGCGAAAGAGUGUCUGCACACUUUCUGCCAUGGCUGCGUCCGGGGGUUCUAUCUGCACACCCCGUCGAGUUCUUGUCCGACUUGCGGCGUCAACCUGGGUGCGAAACCGUGGACUCAAUUCAUUCCUGACCCAGCGCUGAAGGAGCUCUCUGAAAAGUACUUGCCGGAUUACCGUGCCAAAGAAGAAGCAGAAGAGCAGGAAUUCUAUGCCAAGUUUGGGAUCAAGCGUAAAGAGCCCGAUGCUCCACACGAUGAUCAACAAUGUACUUCAAAGUCUCGUCGCCCACUUGGUCAGUCGCCCGGGCACAUGAUCCCAUUCGAGCUACGUCCCCAGCGCGGUCCCGACGUGCCUCUGUUCUUACUACUGAGUGAGCUGAAAGCCCCGUGCAUGAACACGCAGUCGUCUUUCAAGGUGAUGUAUCUGCGCAAGUAUCUGGCCAAGAAGGUGAACGUCUUGAAGCCCGAAGAGAUCGAGAUUCUGUGCAAGGGCAAUGUAGUGGGUCCAGAGUAUUCCCUCGAGUUCGUCCGGCGCACACUGUGGAAAGAGGACUCGAAGAUGAUCCUGGAAUACCGACGCCAGCUUGUCGCCUAG